GGGGGCAGCCCGAGCAGCGAGCAGGAGUGGCUUUUGUCCCUCAUCCUUGUUUACUCGAAGAAACUUCAGACCGGACGUGUUUAGUCAGAACCGAAAUGCGUCUCGGGGCCAAGCCGAUAGCAAAGGAAGCUGCCUGGCGGUGGCAGCCGCGCAGAUAGCGCCGCCAUCCCCCAGCCCGGGCCCGAGCGCUGGCGCUCCUCCCGCUCCCUCCUCCCGGCAAACUUUUAUGCCGAGAGAGUAUUUUUCAGUGAUCCCUGGGACAGCUUUAGAAAAAUAAUUAAGCAUGGGCAAAGGAGAUCCUAAGAAGCCGAGAGGCAAAAUGUCAUCAUAUGCAUUCUUUGUGCAAACUUGCCGGGAGGAGCACAAGAAGAAGCAUCCAGAUGCUUCCGUCAACUUCUCAGAGUUUUCUAAGAAGUGCUCAGAGAGGUGGAAGACCAUGUCUGCUAAAGAGAAAGGAAAGUUUGAAGACAUGGCAAAGGCGGACAAGGCCCGUUAUGAAAGAGAAAUGAAAACUUAUAUCCCUCCUAAAGGGGAAACAAAAAAGAAGUUCAAGGAUCCCAAUGCACCCAAGAGGCCUCCUUCGGCCUUUUUCUUGUUUUGUUCUGAGUAUCGUCCAAAAAUCAAAGGAGAACAUCCUGGCCUAUCCAUUGGUGAUGUUGCAAAGAAACUGGGAGAGAUGUGGAAUAACACUGCUGCAGAUGACAAGCAGCCUUAUGAGAAGAAGGCUGCUAAGCUGAAGGAAAAGUACGAAAAGGAUAUUGCUGCAUACCGAGCUAAAGGGAAGCCUGAUGCAGCAAAAAAGGGAGUCGUCAAGGCUGAAAAAAGCAAGAAAAAGAAGGAAGAGGAGGAAGAUGAGGAAGAUGAAGAGGAUGAGGAGGAGGAGGAAGAUGAAGAGGAUGAAGAGGAAGAAGAAGAUGAUGAUGAUGAAUAAGUUGGUUCUAGCGCAGUUUUUUUUUCUUGUCUAUAAAGCAUUUAACCCCCCUGUACACAACUCACUCCUUUUAAAGAAAAAAAUUGAAAUGUAAGGCUGUGUAAGAUUUGUUUUUAAACUGUACAGUGUCUUUUUUUGUAUAGUUAACACACUACCGAAUGUGUCUUUAGAUAGCCCUGUCCUGGUGGUAUUUUCAAUAGCCACUAACCUUGCCUGGUACAGUAUGGGGGUUGUAAAUUGGCAUGGAAAUUUAAAGCAGGUUCUUGUUGGUGCACAGCACAAAUUAGUUAUAUAUGGGGAUGGUAGUUUUUUCAUCUUCAGUUGUCUCUGAUGCAGCUUAUAUGAAAUAAUUGUUGUUCUGUUAACUGAAUACCACUCUGUAAUUGCAAAAAAAAGAAAAAAAGUUGCAGCUGUUUUGUUGACAUUCUGAAUGCUUCUAAGUAAAUACAAUUUUUUUUAUUAGUAUUGUUGUCCUUUUCAUAGGUCUGAAAAUUUUCUUCUUAAGGGGAAGCUAGUCUUUUGCUUUUGCCCAUUUUGGAUCACACGAAUUAUUACAGUGUUUAUCUUUCGUAUAGUUAGCUGAUAAAAAGCUUUUGUGUACACACCCUGCAUACUCAUGAUGAGGGUAAUAAAAGUAAUUGAGACAGUUUUCAUCCAUAACUGAAACUCAAAUCUUGAUCGGUUGAUAUCAGAUUUCACAUAGCCCAGGUUCAUUUACAAAGUGAAGAGUAACCAAUCUACUCACAGCACGGGAUUAUUAGAAUCAAACAUUUUGAAAGUCUGUCCUUGAAGGACUAAUAGAAAAGUAUGUUCUAAUCUUUACAUGAGGACUCUACAUCCUUUAACUCCCAUUACCAUGUAAUGGCAGUUAUAUUUUGCAGUUCCCACGUUUAAGACUGAGAAUGUAUCCCCAAAAGCGUGAGCUUAAAAUACAAGACUGCCAUAUUACGUUUUUUGUUGUUGUUGAUAUUAGUCCCAACAAAGGCUCUGGAGAAAAAGUGCUGGCUGUAAAUGUCUUCUCCUAUUUAUCUAAAUAUGGAUUGUUUAGGAAACUUGAGAUCCUCCAUUAAAGGUAUUUUCAGUUAAUUGGGCCAACUUUUAAAAUCGUAUACCACAUUUUAAAUCAGGUAUAUUUUCCUAUAUUAUGGUUUGCCCCUUUAUAAAUCAAAUAGACAUGAGGGAAGAAGACACUUAAACUUUGUAUUUCAGUAUGAAUUACCUGAUUUAUUUGAAUUUGAUUUUUCUUUACAAAACUCAAGCUCAUUCAUCAGGGUCAUAUGUUUAUCUGCUUAACAGUUUAGGGAACAAUUUGGCAAUUUUGUGGUUUUUGAGAUUAUCGUUCUCUUAAAGUGCCAGUGUUUUAAAAUAGCGUUCUUGUAAUUUUACACGCUUUUGUGAUGGAGUGCUGUUUUGUUAUAUAAUUUUGACUUGGAUUCUUUCCAUUUGCAUUUGUUUUAUGUAAUUUCAGGAAGAAUACUGAACAUCUGAGUCCUGGAUGAUACUAAUAAACUAAUAAUUGCAGAGGUUUUAAAUAUUAGUUAAAUGGCUUUCACUUAAGACUUUAAGGUUUUGUUAUAUACAUAUUCUAAUCUUAUUCUCAGUUAAUACCUCUUAGCAACAUCAUUUAAAUAAGUGUAAGGGCGGGCAAAGUUUAUCCCUUAAAAAAUACUCACUUUACCCUUGUAAAUAGGUUAAUGGGCUGAUAAAGAUUUUUGUGAAACAUUCCAUGUGUUCUCAUAGGCUGCUGUUUACAUAAAUCAGGAAAAACUAAUUUUGCUUUCAGACUAUUGGGUUAAACAAGAUAGUUUUCUAAAGCAAGGCACAUGUAAGUAAAAAGCAGGAAUAGUGAUUAUAAAUCUAAACUUAAGUUUUCUAAGCUAAAGGAGAGGACCGCAGUAGAGGGGCUGAAAUUGUGUCAGAAUUUAUCAAAUUUUUAGUCAAGGAACAAACAGUUAUCUCAUUUACAUAGAAGUUUGCUGUAGCUAUAGAAUCAUUGUUUAUUGCUAGUAGGUGAUCCAGUUAAAACGAAUUCUGCCUCAAGGAACUUCAGUGGGUGUCUUGUGACAGCUACUGUUUUUUUAAGAUGUUGAGAGCGGGAACAGGUUUUUUUGGGUUAACUGGAUUCAGAUCUUGACAGGAAGACAUGGACAAAAACCCUUUUCAAUCUGAAAACAUACUAGCUCUGUUUAGUAUUUCAACAGUGUACCCUGAAACUUGGAUGUGCAAAACUCAAGUAAAUGGGAGGUAGGAGGCAUAACAGAUUUUUUUUUAAGUUAAUGCAUAGGAACUAUUUUAAUGUCUAGAAAUAGUUAACAGCACUAUGGGGUAUAAAGAUUUUCUUAACAUCAAAAGAUUAAACAGUAUAAACUUCAGUAUUAAGUUGUCUGCAUUUUAAAAAUUGAUGUAAAAGCGGCAUACUGAUUAACACUUAACCAAAGUAAUUGUCUCCUGAAGGUUGGGAGCUGUUGCUGGUUAGUGCCUGUAAUUGUUCUCAUGAUCUUCCAUCAGGUGUUGAUACUUGCUCUGUUUUUAUUAAUUAGAGUGAAAUCUGAAAAAAAGUCUUUCGUGUGUGCUGUGCACCACAGGGGUAAGACUUAGAUGAUAAAGAUGGAAAGUGCCUGUGUGACAGAAGCUGUUCAGAUACUUCCCUCACUGCCUGGGGGAUUGUAAGUGUUGCUUAGACGGUAGAGUAGUAUCUGGCUGUAUUGAAAACUGCACUGGAAAGACAGGAUGGAAAUUUUUGAAUGGAAAGCGUGGCCAACUCCCUUGCUUGGCAUCACAUAAACUGUGACAGAAGUUCAGAUCUAGGUCUGCUUGGUACAACAGGCCUUCUGAAAGGGCCUGAAAUAGCUCUUUUUCAGUACCAGCCAGGUACUUUUUGCGUAUGACGGUAUCACUGUAAAUUUGAACAAAUCCAAUACAGCUUAAAUCAGGAUUAACUGCUGCUCAAGUGUGAACCAUUGGCCAGUAAUUAGCUUGCUUAAUUAAUAAGUUGUGGUUAAGUUAUUUUUAAAUAUUUUCAUAUUUGUGCUUUGUCAUUUUAAAAUGACUCUUGAAAUGCUUUUAAAACACGUAAAAGCCAGGAAACGGUUUGGAUACCUAUGCAACAAAAGAUGCAAGCUGGUUCAUUUCUUGUCCCCCUCAUAGCAAAGACGUGAACAGCAGUGCUAACACUCGCCGGAACCUGGGAAGUUCCCUGGGUCUAAGCCAAGUUGCUCCCUGCAGUAAUAAGGCAAAAUGUGGCCCUGUUCUAGGAAUGCUGCUAUUUAACGUUACACCAUGACACAGGACAAAGAAUGACAGGCAUAACUUAACAAGCCACACUCCAGAAUAUAUAGCCCCAUCUUCCAGUGGGUUUCAGUCUGAAAUCAUACCUACCAGGAGGAAAUUUAAUCACUUAGGCCUCUAGGCAUGUCCAUUGGUUUGAACCUUCUGUAUUUAUCGGUCACCUGCUGAAAAAGGAAGUGGUAAUACAGAUCUGGAAUAAGAUGAGGAAUUAUGAUAGACCUUUAAGUGGUGGCGUGAGGUAUGUGGAGACUGAAAGCCAGUAGUGAUGAGAAAAUCAGUGAAAAGGGAUUAAAGAGAUUCUUGUAAAUUU